UAAGUGUUUAAUUGUAAAUUAGUGUUAACGUCGCUUCUACCAAUUGUGUAUUUUUCUACGAAUAAGUUUAAAAACGUUUAAAAAUGUCGUUUUCAAAAGCAAGAAUCCAAAGAUUUAACGAGUGUGAAAAUAAAGUGCCACCGCCGGGAGCGUACGAUCCAAAGUUCGAAGUUAAAGUGAAAGGUAUUGUCAUCGAGAAAUCGGAUAGAUUCCACGAUAACAAAAGUGUAGCUAGCGCAGAAUAUAAUGUAUCAGUUUCUACCAAAAGUACGUGUAACGUAGCCGCGAGUUUCAGAACGCCCCAACUUCCCCGGAAAAAGGUAUCGCCGAGGACCUGUUCGAAAGCGAAGCCACGUGCUCUUGUUCCGGUAAACGUAAAGAAAUUGAAGUACAAAUCCGAGCACGAGCUCGCCGAUCUCCAAGCGGAAUGUAAAAACAAAGACAAGACUAUACAGGAGCACGAGAAGCUCAUCGAGGACAUGAAAGUGGAAGCACGAAAGUUGGAACUACAGCUGGAAGACUUACUUCGGAAACAAACAGAGACCGAGGAACAGCACAAAAAAGAUAUAGAAACAAUGGCGAAACUGCAACAGGACGUGUUAAAUGGCCACACGGAGAAACAUCAGCUCGAAAUAGAGAAUUUUCGGCGCAAAUUGUUAGAAAUGUCGGAGGAGAAGGAACGCGACACGGAGGCUAGAAAAGAAAUUGAAGAAGCUCUCAAGAAACGUAUCGCGGAGUUUUCGGGAAGAACGGUCGAUUUAGAAUCUGAAUUAAACAGUAGAAAUCACAGGAGCGAGGAAAAAGUACAGUCUCUUGUCGUGAAAAUGGACGAACUUCUAAUGCACUUUGACGAGUUGUCCGAAAGGCACAGAUGCGAAAUCAGUUCGUUGGAGCAUGAUAAAACCGAGCUGAAUGCUUUUAUCAGUCAUUUGACCGAGGAAAUUGGCGAAUAUGAGGACAGACUGAAAAGAACAGUCGCCGAGAGCGACGAAAAGAUGAGUACUAUGAUCAAAGAAACGAAGGCUGCCGCGGAAGAAGAAAUGAAAUUGACCUUAGAAAGGUACAAAGCAUGUUUAGCGCGAGUAGAAACGGAACGGACAGCUUUGGACGAGAAUCUUGUGCAAAAAGACGAUGAAAUUGCCAGACUUACCGUGAUCCUCGAAGAACUAAAAUCAUCUGCGGAAACUCAGGAGAGUUUCAGUCAAAGUUUGCAAAUGGAGCUAGAUCGCGCUGAAACUGAAUUAGCAGGGAAAAAAGAGGAACUGAGGGCUUUGAAAGAUCAGAUUCGAUCGGAAGCAGCAGAAAUGGUGUCCAGAAGAAAAAGAUUCGAAGUUGUAAUGGCUGAAAAUCAAGCAUCGGUUGCUGCCUUAACUAAACGUUUAGCGCAAAGUAACGCCGAGGUAGAACGACUGCAACGUGAAUUGAAGCGAGGCGAAGACUGUAUAAACGAGCAUCGUGAUCUAUUGAGUAUCAUGCGUAACAAUUCGCAAAUGGUGCAUGUACAGGUACACACUCUAAUGGAACAGUUAGAUGCUAAGAAAGGCUUGGUCAAUCAACUAGAGGCUGAAAGUUUAAGCGAAGUAGAGUCGAUAAGAACUAUUUUCGAAGCUAAAUUCGAAGACUUGAGAAAAAUCGUGACGAACGAAGUAAUGAAAUUGCAAACUGAUUGUGACGAAAAAGACGCGAAAAAUAUCGAGAUGAAAAAUCAACUUGAGGAAAUGGCUGGCCAUCUCAAUGAAGCACAAACCAUGUUAGUAAAAUUGGAAGAGAGGUGUGAUGCUCAAGAGUUGGAGAUAUCUCGAGUGGAAUUGCUUAAUAUUAAACUCAACGAUCAUUUGAAAGCUAAUAAAGCAGCUAUGGAAAAGACUACUAAACUGUUAGAGACUCAAUCGGCAAAACAAAUAAUUGCUUUGAACGAGACAAAUGCUAAAAAAGAACUUCGCGAUAAAAUUAAAGGUCUCGAGGAAAAGAAUAGCAUCAUGCAGGAUAAAACUGAGCUAUUUGAAGAGGAGAAAGCCUCCCGAGAAGCAGCUGAUAUGAAAAUAAAAGUUCUCCUCGAAUAUAACGAGCGUCUCGCAAAAGAUUAUCAAGAGAUUAGUGACAAGUAUGCCGAGUUAAUUGGUCAUCAGAAUCAUAAACAAAGAAUUAAGCACGUGUCUCACUUAAAAGAUAAAAUCAACCAACUGAAACAGGAAUUACAUGUCAAAAUAAAGAUAACAGAACAGCAGCAAAAAAUCAUAGAAAAAUUGAGAACAGAAGAGAAACGUGCGCACAGUAAAGGGAAGGAAAAUAUGUUAGGAAUUCCGAAGAGCGAUCAUGCAACACCCGUUUCUUCUCCGCAUAAACCAUUGACUCCUCUGAGAGAUCGGAAUGAUUAG